AUGAAUCAAGAGAUAUCUAUCUGUGGAAUUAAUGUUGGAGUAAAUGAGAUAGUCACUGGCAAACUAUUAAAUGAAAUUGUUUUUAAUUUGUUAAGUCAAAUAAAUAUAAGCAAGUCAUCAACAAUAAAAAAAAGCACUAAAUUUUUAUCAUUGACACAAUCUCAAGAUACUUCUAAUCAAAAUAUACAAAAAUUUGAAGAGAUUCAAUCAUAUCCAAUAGAACAAAAAGGUAAUAGGGAUAAAUUAGCACUAUUAAAUUCACCAUCUCAAAUUAAUUUAGAAACUUCUUGUUCAUUGUUUGCAAAUAAAAUAGAUACCAUUCCAACAACCAACCAAAUUAUAAAUAUUCCUUCUAAUCAAACUAAUUCUAUGCAAAAGAAAUCUGAAGUUAUACAACCAAGUGAAUCAAUUAGUUCAAUAGGUGAAGGGCUGAAAGAAAGAGCUAAUACAGAAAUUCUUACAAAAGAAGUUUGUAUUCAUGAAGAUAAAGACUUUGAGGGAGAUUUAAAAUAUAUCAAAGAAUCAAUCCCGUUCUUUUAUAAAUGGACCAAGUUAAAUCAAUGCAGAUUAGUUUUUGAUUCUACAAUUGAAUAUGAUCCAGAUGAACAUGAAGUUUCAAGUUUUAAUAGAUUAAUUCUCAAUAAAGAAAAUUUAUUAUUUAUUUAUCAAACUAAUUUAAAAAGUCAUAUAGCUGGAAUAUUUAUUAAAGAUAAAAUAAAGGUUAUUGGAAAAAAUAUACUCAAAGAAGAUAGUUUCCCAUUUUCACUAAAAUGUAAUGGAGAAUUAAAUGUAUCAAAAAAGUUUGUUCGAUGCAAGGCACAAGGGUUAUGUCCUCUUGAAUUAAUUUUAACAGCAACAAGUCAAAUUGAUUUUAGCAAUAAACCGUUUUUCUUUAUCUAUGGAAAUAGAGAGAGUUCAUUAAAAGUAGGAUUUUCUUUGUGUUAUUCAACUUUAAGUGAUGAGUUUGUUGAUAUUAGGGGAACAUUAAAUUGUUGUACGGCAAUGGGAGGAAAUUCUUUUGACGUCGGAAGAAUUGUUGUAGUUCAAUUAUAUUAA